CCGACUGCGGAUUGCUCAAUUCCUGAUCCUCCCUCCACAUCAAGCUCGGGACAUGGUACCCAUCUGUAUACGACCAUCCAUACCGCUUGCUUCAAUGAUUCGACGAUUGUCGAGUUGACGGUCGAAGACCCCAAUGAAGCAUUUGACGCACUUCGCGAUACCGCAGAUUUCCACAUCCUGCGCCCAGAAUUCCUUAAACACAACGUGAAUAUCAAUCCCGACCCCUAUGCAGCACACCCUAAGACACAGCGCCCUCGUCGUGUCCCAACAUCUGCCCUUAUCCCCACAAAGCUUCUACACGAUAUCCGUUCCACUUAUAAAAUCGCCUCAACACAGUUUGCUCAUGUCUUGGAAAUGUUUCUCCUGGGAGAGAUUCCCACCAAGAAUCGCCAUGCUGGUGGCGCAAAUAUGUCACGUCUAUUGAUAAAGAAACAUAAUGCUGCGGAUCCGAAUGAGCGGCGGUACUACUGGUGGCGCAUGCUGGUUAAGCAGCGUCUCUUCAAGCGCUCUCGUGAUAUUCUCAUCCAGCUAGAGAUGAGCGACCGCAUCGAGAAACUUGAGGAGACAGUGACCAACGUGGAGGAAGGAUACGAAGCAUUAAUCAAGGUCUUCACUGCCAGAGAGGAGGCUCUAAAGGCUAAGCAAGAGGAAUCUGGUGAAUCGCCUGAAACUGCAGCUUCAGAAGACUCAGCUACGAGUUCCGGUGAUACUUCCGCCAGGGAUCAGCGCUCUAAGAGAAAAUUCACAGUAGAAGAUGAGGAUGAGGAGGAAGAGGGUGAACCGGAAGCUUCCAAGCGUCCGAAGGUGUAA